UAGUGUUCCCCCUGUCAGAGGUAGGUCGCCGGUAACUAGUGAGGAUGUACUCUCUUCUAACUCUCCUGGUUGUGGUAGGUGCUGUUUAUGCACAGGUUCCCCGACCUUGCAAUUCUCCACCUCAGUGGGAAUGCAGAGAAAUUAAAGUUGACCCCUCUCAGAAGUUCCUGGAGCGUCGCCGCCUCUUCUAUGACGCCACAAACAGACGUGAAAGAAGAUUCGAGGAGAUCGAACUUGGAAGCGACAGGAGCUUUUAUGAUCAGCUCAUUUUGUGGAAUGAAAACAAAAUGUACCAAGUAGAUCUCAAGACCAGAAAAUGUAAUGUUACCGUUCCAUAUCGACCAUUUUUCCAACGUGGGACUUUCCCUGGAGAGAAGUUUGAUUAUGAGGGCGUGAUAGGUGGCGCUGGUCUCCCCAACGAACAAGUCACAAUUCAGCAGUUCUCUAUGAAUACCACAGGAGAAGCUCGAUUUUCCUUGGUAUCAUAUCCAGACUGCAUCCCGAUUCAAAACGUUCAUAUCACAACCAAAUAUGGAUAUGAACAAUCCAAUUAUUACGACUUGAGUGUUGGAAUUAGCGAUCCAAUGGCUUUUAUUCCACCCAAGGAAUGUGGAGCCUAAAUAUGUUCACUUUUAUACUUUUGUACAAAAAUAAAAUUGUAAAAAAAUAUAU